CUCUUGCUGCAGCAACGCGAGUGGGAGCACCAGUCGCCAGGCUCGAGGCGGAAUUCCACGGAUCGCUUUAAAAAAAUGGCAGACAAGCCAGACAUGGGGGAAAUCGCCAGCUUCGAUAAGGCCAAGCUGAAGAAAACGGAGACGCAGGAGAAGAACACCCUGCCGACCAAAGAGACCAGUGAGCAGGAGAAGCGGAGCGAAAUUUCCUAAGAGCCUAAAGGAUUCCCCACCCCCG